CGCGCACGCAGAGAGGCACCGUUGUGUUUUGGAGGCUGUAUAACAGUCGGGGAGCGGUGCUCUAUCAUACAGCUCGGGGCCAGGAGGACGCAGCGUCCUUUGUACUGUCUCAGCAUGGCCUCCCUGGACGUAUUAGGAGAUGGAGACGAAGCCUGCGAGACCGCCGAGGGGCGGAGAAGUGGUCGCAGGAAGCGAUCCAAGACGAUUCCUGUGUGGGAGAACAAGCCAUGUGGUUCUUCUCGUAGCCUUGUCAGGAAAAUCGCAUCUCACCUCCCUCUGAAGCCAUGUUCAAGAGCUCACUUUGAGGCUCUCCCUGCUUCUGAUCUGUACUUCACAGAUGCACCAAUGGUCCCAACUCUAGCUGACAUCAAGUGGAUUGCUGCAGAUGAUGAUGAAACCUAUGCAAGAGUUAGGAGUGACUCCAGACCCCUGAAGCACAAGUGGAGGCCAAGUCCUCUCUUAGUGAUGCAGAGAAAUUCAUCUGUCCCAAAUCUGAAGAUAAAAGAAGAAAAAAUGUUUUGUUUAAAAAAGCCAGGCAUGUCCUUAAACAAGUCCACGGACUUACAAGAUGAACUAAGCCUCCUCAGAAGCCAGAUUGCUAGAAUAGUCGCCACAGACACAGCUUCUUCGUGUUCAACAGAUUCUAUAACUGAAAACGUGGACACUAACUCCUCGUAUCCUGACUUUGCUCCUGCUUUCCAGUCGACGUCCUUUGUAAUCAGUGACAUUACCGAGGAGGAUGAGUUGGAUGUGUCUGAAUACUCGUCAGCAUCUUUAAUGGAAUCUUCCUUCAGCCACCAGAAGCAACUGGAAGCCAGCAUGUCCGAUGAUGAAGAUUCAGUCUGCCUCUCAAAGUCCAACAGUUUUGCAGAUAUGAUGGGCAUAUUGAAGGACAUCCACAAGAUGAAAGUGAAUAGAGAUUGGUCCAAUAGAAACCAAGUUUUACACAAAGAGGAGGAUCCCAUAAAUCUUAUUUCAGAGGUCUUGAGACAAAAGUUUGCACUAGGUGAUCAAGAUGAUAAAAAGAACAUUUAGCCAAGUCCAUUAUAUGAUAUUUUUCAUGUAGUAAAAUUGUGUAAAGGUCACCUAUUUUGUUAUAAAAAAGGUUUACUUAUUCUACAACACCUGAAGGAAGAUCACUUUUCUUAGAACUCGCUGUUCAACUAGAACCUGACUAAUAAGUAAUAAAUUACAGGUAUGAGGAUAAGGUUAAACUACUGCAUAUUUACAGCCUCACAACCUGUUUACUUGUGUUACCUGCCACUUCUUGCAUCUGAUUUAGUACAUUGUUUUACAUCAUUUAAGAGCUCUGUCACUAGUCUUUUCCUGCAAGAUUUGCCCUUGUGCUGCUCCACAAAAAGGGCCUGAUGCCCUGUCAUGUGCUUUGGAUCUGAAUUCUGUACACUUGUCAAGCUGCAAAUGGGAAAAAUUACUUCAUAUGACAGAAAAAAUGUAUGGUAUAGGCCAGGGAUGGCCAACCUGCGGCUCUCCAGCUGUUGUAAAACUACAACUCCCACCAUG